CAAGCGGCUCUUUCAUGCUCUUUCAUGUUGACUGCACUGGCACGACGACGCCUCCGCCUCCCAGCAUUGUCCCUGUGUCGUGUCCGCACGGUGGCGUCAGAAAGCUCACGAUCACCACCAACACCACCAGCAGUACCGCCGGGCGUGCAACGCACCCGUCCUAGCCCUCGAGCUACCAAGGCAGUGAUUGCUAUUACCCCUCAUGCCGUUCGAAGACUGCAAGAUUUGCUCCACGGUCCUACACCUCGACUCAUUCGGAUCGGGGUGCGGAACAAGGGUUGUGCCGGGCUUUCAUACCACUUGGACUACGUCGACAAGCCCGGGAAAUUUGACGAAGUGGUGGAGCAAGAUGGCGUUAAGGUGUUCAUAGACAGCAGGGCGUUGUUUUCUAUCAUUGGUAGCGAAAUGGACUGGAAGGAGGACGCGCUAAGCGCGAAGUUCGUUUUUAAUAAUCCUAAUAUCAAGGACGCCUGUGGAUGCGGUGAAUCAUUUACAGUCGGCGCACAACCCUAAUCAGAUGUCGUUAGGCCGUCAGGUCAAACACUUUAUAUCACUACAGCCCACUCAGACAAUUCUGUAUUUCUAGCACUUCAUGCUCAUG